CAUUAGUUUCAUUCACAGCUCCUCUCUAUUAUUCAUUCACAGAGAAAAAUGAAAACCACCCAAAAUUUCUUCUAGCUCCUCUCUCAGAACUCAUCCAUUGAUGACGAAUUAAGCCCUUAAAUAAGAAACCUUCACUAAGAUUAAACUUUUACAUAUCUCCUCACGGUAACUGGUUGGAGGAGGGGGCUCAAUUCCUCAGAAAUCCCGUACUGCCUUGGGGACAUAUGAGCUUCUGGGGAGCUACUGUCAUUACAAGCUUGGUUAGUGCAAUACCUCUUAAUCGAGCAGCAGUUAGGUUUAAUUUUUAAAAUCACCAGGUGGAUCUGACAGCUUAAAUUGAAGUUCAGAAAUUUCAAGAGUAGAUAACUAUGCCGAGACAUCCUCUUACUAGUAGCAGUCGAUCUCGGCCUGCAAGAACCAGGUCUGCAAGUACUACUCCAAGUGCAUCUCCUUAGACGGCGGCUUUGCUCAAUUCACAAGGGUCCCCAUCAACUGAUAGUGGUCACAUUGCUGCAAGUACUACUCCAAGUGAAGAUCAUUGGCCGGGGGCUUUGCUCAAUUCACAAGGGUCCCCAUCAACUGAUAGUGGUCACAUUGCUGCAAGUACAAGCGAAUGGAGUCGUCAUCGUGUGUCUUUGUCAGAUGGUGAUCAUUCUCCGAGACAUGGUAAUGAGAAUCAGGCUGAAGGAGAUUGAUGGCAUGAGGCUGUGCAUCGACCAAAUAAUGAAGCUGCAAAUAAUGAAGCUGCAAAUACGGAGGAAAGCGGGAUUAAUGAUGGUCACCUAUUGGAGAUAAAGUUCAAUUCUAUGGGAAAACCAAUUGAAGAUGGUUCUAAGAAAUAUGCUACCAGGGUUGGAACAAUAGCCAGGAGUAUUGUCCCACCAUAUCACAAACAUUUGAGAGAUGUUCCUUUGGUUCUUUAAGGAAGAAAUCUGGAGAGCCAUCAAGAAUGAAUAUAGGGUACCUGAAAUCAUCAAAUCCAAGGCUCUAAGGAUGGCAAACAAAUCAUGGAAGAACAAAAAGACUACCCUAAGGAAGUGGUGUGAUCAAUUUAUUACCGUUGCUGAGAGAAAGAAUAACAGACCAAAUGGUGUGAAGAGAGAGGAUUGGGAUAAAUCUGUGAACUUGCAUGAUUCGGAAGCUGAUAAGAUACUAAGGGAGAUAGGGAAGGAAUCAAGGAAACUUCUGAAAGCUUUACAUACUACUGGAAGGGAUGGUAUUUCACGCCGUCGACAUGUUAUGGAACAACAAUCUCCAAAUGGUAGUGUAAGUCGAUCUGUUGUGUACUUGGCUACACAUGUUUACAAAGAAAUACCUCAAGAAGCACUUGAAUUAAUGGACCCCAACUGUUAUGAAGUAAAAUGCAGAGAAUAUGUUGCACAAGUAAGAGAGCUUAAUGAAACUGAGCAGUAUAGAGAUGAAACCCAUUUGGACAGAGAUGCAGUUGCCAAGGUGUUUGGAGUUGAUGAUAGAGGUUGUGUUCGAGGAAUGGGAGGUGGGAUAUCCAAGACUGAACUAAUUGCUUCUGAAGUUCCUAGGGAGCAGUUAAGACAGCAAGUGUUGAAGACUAGAGUUGUAGAAGAUCGGGUCCGUAAUCUCAAAGAAACUGUUGAGACACUAAUGGUCGGUCUAAGUUGCAAUUCUAACCCCAGUAAUUUUAAUGCUCAGGGUAUGAAUGGUGGUGGUUGUCAACCAGCUGGAUCUCAGCGGGUAAUUCUGAAGAACAUGAGAAAGAGAACUGUUGCAGUAGGCUAUAUAUUUACCAAUAGGCCUCCAAUAGAUGAUGAAUUUCAUUUGGUCCUCAUUGAUGAAAUAUGUUUACCUUCUGAGAGUCUCUGUGAAGGUGAUGGAACAUUUAGAGAUGUUUCCGCAGGUGGUGCUGCCUUUUAAUGAAUUUGGAGUUCUGGUUCUAUGUGGAGGUUUGAGACUUUUUUUUGGGUAUAUAUAUACAUGGUUGGUAUACAUGUAAGUUUUUCGGAUAUAUUACGUACUCGGAAAUAUAUGUAACUAGUUAUGGGAAUAUCUUUUUUGAGAUGCAAGUAUUUUGGGUUAGACUUGCAAGUUUGUAUGGUUUUGAGUCUCAUCUUCUUCUUUUUUGUGAUGAAGAAGAGAUUCAAAACAUGUAAAGAAGUGUCUUGCAAUGGAUAUGUAGAUUCAGCAAGUUUCAGAGCCCUGCUUUUAUCUAAUGAAUAUAUUAGUAUCAAUGUUGUUCAGUUUUUAACAUUUUUUGAA